UUUGUUAUAUUUAGCGUAAUUAAUUAUGCAAAGCCCGCCCAUUGGCUCUUUGAUCUAUGCUCUGCAGCCAAUCUGCAACUUAGUUUUCCGUGUAAAAUAGGGCUCUUUGUGCAACAUCCUGCAGUAAACUACUCAAGUACUCAACCUCCUCCAGUGCAGUCCAGGAAUACAUGGCCGAAGACCAAAGGAAGAUUACUACUGAAUGCUGGACGUGCUAAACUUAACAACAACAUUGGAAACAUGAACGGCAACGCGCGCAGGUGUCUGUUUGGCCCGGUGGAUCACGAACAGCUCCACCAAGAAAUGAAACUCAAGUUCCUUGAAAUAUAUCAGGAAGACCUCCGCCGCUGGAACUUUAACUUUAAGACCGAGACUCCUUUGCCAGGCAGGUUUGAGUGGGAGAAAAGCCACGCAGACUGCACCGUCGCUCUUUACCACGAGUCUCCCCAGCAGAAGUACACUUCUCCCGUCUUGGCAGCUGAGGACGAGGACAGGAGCGACCAGGAAAACUGUCCGAGCUUCUCCAACCAGUGUGCCGCCGAAGCGACGCCUGUUCGGAGGAAAAGGAUGCCCCCCAAGGCCAAAGAGAAUGCCCAAAUCACAGGCUUUUUGGUUCAGAGGAAAAGGUCUACAGAAGGCAAACGCACCAAAAGUUUCGCAAGUUACACUGAAGCAGCUAUGUUCAAAGCAAUGAGAUGAGAUCACACUUGUGGUGAAAAGCUACGAUGGUGUCACCGUUUCCACUGAGCAAGUCGCCAAUCUGUAGCUGAUUCAUUCAAUGUUGAUGUUAUAACUGUAUUUUCUUGUUGAUCUUGUGUUUUCUAUAAUUUAUUUUAUUUAUGUUCUUUUUUUAAUGUGAACAUUCUUCAUCUGGUAUGGGAACAUUGUUCUAGUUUGUUCGUUCUUUGACAUAGUUUGCGUUAACAUUUUAAGUAGAAGAAAAUACUAUACUUGUCGUAUUCUGUUGCUUACUGAGAUGUAAAGCAUGUGAGGUUGUAAAUGUUUGCUGAAGUUGUAAGUUUUAAACGAUGAAGAACAAAAAUGAAUAACUGUCAGCAGUUGG